AUUUCUCGUUUCCUCCUCUUACAUCAUUCUUCCCCCUAUACUUCACAAUAUAUACACAUUCAAAUCAAUACCUUUUCUUCACUACCCCCUCAAUUCUAAAUCAAUAAUACUUCUAUGUUUCACCAACAUAUAUAUAAUAAAUAAAUAUUCAUUCAUUUUCCAACAACAACAACAAAAUUAACACAUGACCAUGGAUAAUCAUCAUCAUCAUAAUUGGGAAACUUCUGAUAAUAAUAAUAAUAAUAAACUUGAUGGUCCUAAAUUCAAAUCAGCUCAACCUCCUUCAUUAUCACCAAUUUCUCCUUCUUCUUACUUACCCUUUUCAUCUACUUUCAGUCCUACUGACUUCUUAAUCUCACCUUUCUUUCUUUCUUCUCCAAAUGUUUUUGCUUCUCCAACUACUGAGGAUUUUGCUAGCCAGAGCUUCAAUAACUGGAAGAACAGUUUAGGGGAAGGUGACAAGGAGGAUGAGAAAAACAUCUCUGACUUCUCUUUUCAAACACAAACAAAGUCUGCAUCUGAUUUUCAAUCUUCCUCAAACUUGUUUCAAUUGGAACCAAUUAAGAAACAAGAUAUGUGGAAGUUCAAUGUACCUACAAAGCAAACUGAUUUUUCAUCUGAGAGGACAGAAUCAAAAUCUGAAUUCCCAUCAACUCAGAGCUUUUCCUCAGAAAUGGCACCAAGCGAACUAGAAACACAUGGUAACUCAGUUACCCAAUCCGGUUAUUUUAACUAUACAAAUGCAUCUCAGCCUGUUAGAGAACAAAGGAGAUCACAAGAUGGAUUCAACUGGAGAAAAUAUGGACAGAAACAAGUGAAAGGAAGCGAAAAUCCGCGAAGUUAUUACAAGUGCACACAUCUGAAUUGCUCAAUGAAGAAGAAAGUUGAGACGGGUUUGGAUGGACAUAUUACUGAAAUUGUAUAUAAGGGAAGUCAUAACCACCCUAAGCCUCAGUCUACUAGAAGAACAAGCUCUCAACCUUCUUCGUCCUGCACAAACUCGGGAAUUUCUGAACAAUCAGUUGUGUCUCUCGGUAAUCCACAAAUGGAUCGUGUCUCCAUACAGGAAGAUUCUUCGGCAUCUGUUGGAGAGGAAGACUUUGAGCAAACAUCACAAACUAGUUAUUCUGGAGGAAACGACGAUGCCCUUGGACCAGAGGCCAAAAGAUGGAAGGGUGAUAAUGAAAAUGAUGGCUAUUCUGCCGCAGGUAGUAGAACUGUUAAAGAACCUAGAGUUGUAGUUCAAACUACUAGUGAAAUUGAUAUACUUGAUGAUGGCUUUAGGUGGAGGAAAUAUGGACAGAAAGUUGUUAAAGGAAAUCCAAAUGCAAGGAGCUAUUACAAAUGCACUGCCCCUGGUUGUUCAGUGAGAAAACAUGUUGAACGAGCUGCGCAUGAUAUCAAAGCUGUGAUCACAACUUAUGAAGGGAAACACAACCAUGAUGUACCAGCUGCACGUGGCGGUGCAGGUUAUAACUUGAACAGAAAUUCUAUGAACAACAGCAACGUAUUGGCACCCAUUAGGCCCUCGGCGGUGAAUCAUUAUUCUAGCUUAUCAGGUUUCACAAAUUCACUUUAUAAGACUGCAAAUGGAAAUCAAGAGUCAUUUCCACAGGACAUGUUGCAGGGUCAUGGAAAUUUUGGGUAUUCAGCUAUGGAACGAUCAACGGAUUCAUUGACCAAUCAUUCACAAUACUCAGAUGCUGCAUACUCGAAGGUCAAGGAUGAGAGGAAGGAUGACUCAUUCCUUCAGUCAUUUCUGUCAAAAGACUUCUAAAUUUGGGACCACAACUUCAUAUUUUAUCUUGGAUACGUUUUUUGUAUAGCAUGUAGGAUUUUAGAAACAAAGAAUCGUCAAUAUUUACUAGUUUACUUGAACGAUGCUAUUGAUAAAUAUAGUUCUAAAUUGCAGUCUACAGCCGCAAUUGUUGUCACAACAAAAGAUUUUAGAGGUCUCUACAACAGGAUCGCAACCGAAAUUGCAGAAGCAUUUGCUCGCAUUUUGCUACAAUAUCAAGGUUUAUAGCGUAACCACAACCGAAACUGUAAUUUAGAACCUUGGUGACAGACACUACAGCCAUAGUGAUAGCAAAUAGCUGAAAUUCCAGUUUGUCGAGGUUGACAAGAUGGUUUUCUUACUAUCAUAGAAGAUACAAAAAAUUAGUUGAUUGAUGAAUACUGUUAUUCUUUUGUUGUAUUUGUAGAAAAAAGAUUUCUUUGAAAGAGUAUUACAAUAGUCAAUUACAUGAUACAUGUGUUUGUGCUGACAAA